AUGGGAAUGGCAGAUCCUAUGUUGUCGAUGACCGUGGAAGGGACUGAAAUGUCCUUCCUGGUGGACACUGGAGCAACUUACUCAACGCUGAGACAAAGACCAAGCAGUGCAACACUUUCCAAUCACACGGUGAGUGUUGUGGGUUUCUCUGGGGUUCCGAUGACUCUGCCAAUCACCAAUCCAGCCCUGACGGUGCUGGGAAAACAGACAUUGAAGCACAGAUAUGUGGUGUCUCCUCACGUGCCAGUGAAUCUGAUGGGCAGGGACCUGCUCAUAAAACUGGGAGCCACUAUCAUGUGUUCGGCUGAUGGACUAACAGUUACGCUUCCAGGAGGAAAACAGUUCCUGUGCCUGGGGACACUUUCAAAGAACCAGUAUUUGCUACAAGACUGUGAACAAUCGACAGCUGACAUAUACUGGGGUCGGUUGGUGGAAGAAGGCAUUCUGAGACAGUACCAGCAGUGGAAACCUUGGAUUAUGGCCUUGGCGGUCUAUUCUCCUCCACGAGAUCCGUACCACGUCACCCUCUAUUAUGAUAGGGACGAUGAUGAAAUCUACAGGGACCAGUUCCAGUCUGAACUUGAAGGUCAGACGUGGAAUGUGUGUUCUCAAAACAUCUAUGUAGGCCCCGAAGGCGUCGCUACAGCAGUAAAUUUAACCGAAGAAAAACGGCCUUGGUUUAAAAUGGGACCUGAUUCAGUGCCCCACAUUACGUUGGCGGUCCAUGAGGGUCACCAGGCAAAGGAGCUGGGAACGAUGGUCAAGAGAGCCCUGGACGAACCCUGUUGGCAAGCCACUCAGAUUCCAGAUGUUUGGUAUUCGCCAAAAGGUAAAAUUUACCGUAUCACUUGUCUGUCAAACGACGCAGUGAUAUUGGAGCAUGAACAAAUCUCAAGAAUCCAUGGAAGGGAAAGAAUAGACCAUGCUAACGCAGUGGCCGCAAUUGCGACUCUUCCUGACACUUUGUGGUCUGGAGGACCCACGGAUGUGGGUCUGGCAACUUGCUCGCCUGUUUUGUUCCAGCUGAAGUCUGAAGCACCAAUCUGGAAACCGCAGUAUAGACAUAAAAGGGAAGCUGAGGAGGGAAUUGCAGAAACCAUCGAAGGGCUAUUGAAAGUAGGGGUGCUUGAGCCCUCACAAUCCUACUGGAACACUCCCAUUUUGCCAGUAGAGAAGCAUGGGACAGGAAAGUACAGAAUGGCACAUGAUUUAAGAGCCAUAAAUGCCGUUCUACGCACUGAUACGGUGCCUGUUCCAAACCCCUACACAGCAUUGACAGCACUAACACCAGAUCAAAAGUGGUUCACGUGUAUUGAUCUAGCUAACGCGUUUUUCUGUCUCCCAUUACAUGAGUCUCUUAGGGACAUUUUUUCAUUCACAUACAGGGGGCAACAGUAUAGAUACACACGGCUACCACAAGGGUUUGCACUGUCCCCGGGAAUUUUCAACCAGGUGUUGAAAGAGGUUCUCUCACCGUGUCACCUCCCAGAGGGGUGCACGUUGGUGCAGUAUGUGGAUGACUUGUUGGUUGCGGCGCCGUCUGCUUCGGCGUGUACGGCAGCCUCACUCACCAUACUGAAGAGACUCGCUGAAUGUGGGUUCAAAGUGAGCAAAGAAAAGUUGCAGUUGGUCCGACCAGAGGUAACAUUUCUGGGCCGUGUCAUUGCUCACAAAUCAGUGGGGUUGCUGAACACACACCGGGAUCAGAUUCUGACACAUCCAAAACCGCGUACGGUUAAAGAGCUGCUUUCAUUCUUAGGCUUAACGGGAUACAGCCGGCAGUACAUACCAAAUUACGCAGGCAAAACAGCUCCUUUGAGGGAUUUGGUAAAAAUGGUGGGUGUCCGUAAUCUUAAGGCUGAACUGCCAUGGACAUCGGCCACUGAGUCGGCUUUCAUCACAUUGAAACAAGAUCUGUCAAGAUCUGCUGAUCUUGCCAUCCCUAACUAUGAUGAACCCUUCUAUCUUGAUGUUUCAGAAACACACGGGGUAGUUAAUGGGGUGUUGUUUCAGAAAAAGAGGGGAGGGAGAGAUGUACUCAUGUACGUCAGCAUCAGACUGAAUCCCUUAGAGACAAGGCACCCAGUGUGCACACAGCAUGCACUUGGGGUUGCAAAAAUCAUACAGAAAACAGCACACAUAGUGAGGGACCAUCCAUUGAAAGUGCUGACCACACACAGUGUAGUGGCGUAUGUGAACUCACAAGCCUUCACUAUGACACCACUGACACAGCAGAGAGUGAGCAAAGUCUUAGACGCUCCAAAUCUGACAUUCACACAUGAGGGAAUCAACAUGGCAGAUUUAAUGGGGUCAGGAGAGCCGCACGACUGCGCAAAGAGAGCUGAAGUUGAAGAGAAAAUCAGAGAAGACUUGAAGGCGGAGCCUAUAUCGGGAGCUGAAGAUUGGUUCACGGAUGGAUGUUGUUACAGAGAUAAGGAAGGAUUGAAAGCAGGCUACGCUGUAGUUUGUAGAAAUGGGACUGAGUUUGAAGUGAAGGAGGCCGGAAGACUUGAAGGGCAGCAGUCUGCUCAGAGAGCAGAAGUAAUUGCUUUAAGCCGAGCCCUGAGACUCGCGAAGGGAAAAAGAGUCAACAUUUACACGGAUUCAGCUUAUGCCUUUGGAGCAGCUCAUGUAGAGCUAGCCCAAUGGAGAAGAGCAGGAUUCAGGACAGCAGACAAUGCACCAAUCUGCCACAAGAAGGAGAUGGAGGAACUUGAACAGGCGUUGGGAGAUCCGGAGGAGGUGAGUAUUAUAAAAUGUAAAGGUCACUCCUCUGGCACUGGUAUGGUGGCCCGGGGGAAUCAAGAAGCCGAUCAAGCCGCCAAGGAAGCUGCAGGAUAUAAAGCAUCAAGGCAGAUGGUGCAAAUAAGUGUGGAAGAAGAGUCAGGAAUCAACAUGUUGGAGGAGGCCAAGAAGGCCCAAAAGGAGGCAGCCCCAGAGGAGAAAGGGGUAUGGAAGAGUCGAGGAGCAUGGGAGGAAGGAGGUCUAUGGCGAGGACCUGAUGGGAGACCUGUGCUGACUGCCAACCUGGCAAAGCAGAAGAUUGCUGAAGCCCAUGGACUGGGUCAUGUGGGUGUGGCCCAAAUGGAGAGACACCUGUGCCAUUGGUGGCAUCCAUUUCUGAAAGAUAUGAUUAAGGAGAAAGCCAGGACGUGCCUGAUCUGUGGCCGGCACAAUCCAAAGCCAGUAAUCAAGCCAGAAGCAGGUAAGUUUCCCAUUCCAGAGAGACCAGGAGAAGAGAUUGUCAUUGACUUCACUGACAUGAUCGACGUGGGUCCAGGAGGAGUCAGGUAUUUAUUGGUAAGUGUAGAUGCUCUGACAGGGUGGCCCGAAGCAUGGCCAACAAAGAGGGAGGAUGCGAGGAGUGUGAUUAAGUGUUUAAUCAAUCAUUACAUUCCUCGGCAUGGGUUUCCCAAGAGAAUCAGAUCAGAUAAUGGAACUCAUUUUAAGAACAAAGAUUUGGCAGAGGUAGAACAGAGGCUGGGGUUGCAACACAGGUUUGGGACUGUGUAUCAUCCUCAGUCCCAGGGGAAAGUAGAAAGGAUGAAUCUAAAUCUGAAGAACAAGAUAGCAAAAAUUUCUGCUCAGACGGGGUUAAAUUGGGUUGCAGCCCUGCCAACUGCAUUAAUGAUAAUAAGAUGCUGUGUUAACCAAUCCACAGGAUUCACGCCGUACGAGCUGUUGACAGGACGACAGUUUCCUGGUCCUUGGACGACAGUCCCGGCGGAAGAAAGUAUGAAAAGUAAUAGAACGCAUGCUGAAUAUUGGAAAGAAUUAAAAGCUCUUGUGUCUAGUUUCACACAACAGGUUGCAGCUGGAGUGAGCACGGUGGACAGGUCCAUCCCCGACGCCAAGGUGGUGUGGCUGAAGGUCAUCAAGCGAAAGUGGAGAGAUCCGAGGUGGACAGGGCCAUUCGAGGUGACGGCUCGUACCACAACAGCGGUCCAGUUGAAGGGGAAAGGGGAGACGUGGUUUCAUUGGUCUCAAUGUGCGGUCGCUGAUGAGAGCUUGGCAGAGACAAGCUCAUCUUCAACCAACACGGGUGAUAAAGAGGCAGAAUAA